GUGCUACAUCUCCCAGAAUUCCCCGGAGCCAAUGGUACGAAUCACGGGAUCCGCCAUCUUUUUGAUCUUCUCUUCCUCUCUGUAAUUUCAUCUUGAUAUUUUCAUUUCAUAUUUAAGAAGUCGCAAAGAUGGCUGCGACUGGCCCGUAUAACUAUUCAUACAUCUUCAAGUAUAUUAUUAUAGGCGAUAUGGGUGUGGGGAAAUCAUGUCUUCUUCAUCAAUUUACGGAAAAGAAAUUUAUGGCUGACUGCCCUCACACCAUCGGUGUUGAGUUUGGGACCAGGAUAAUAGAGGUGUCUGGUCAGAAAAUCAAGCUACAGAUCUGGGACACUGCAGGACAGGAGCGGUUUAGAGCUGUAACUAGAAGUUAUUACCGGGGGGCGGCAGGAGCACUUAUGGUAUAUGACAUUACAAGGAGAAGCACAUAUAACCACUUGAGUAGCUGGUUAACGGACGCCAGGAACCUCACAAACCCAAACACUGUGAUAUUUCUUAUUGGGAAUAAAUCUGACUUGGAUGCUCAGAGAGAUGUUACUUAUGAGGAGGCAAAGCAAUUUGCUGAAGAGAAUGGGCUCUUAUUCUGUGAAGCUAGUGCCAAAACUGGAGAAAAUGUUGAAGAUGCAUUCUUGGAAACUGCAAAGAAAAUUUAUCAAAAUAUUCAAGAUGGGAGCUUGGAUUUAAAUGCUGCUGAAUCUGGUGUCCAACACAAACCUCUAACUGGCCGACCACAGAAUGCCCUCAACACAGACCAGCAACCCAAUCAGGACAAGUGUUCAUGUUGAUUGAUGCAUGUCAAUCAUUGCUCCUACUGUACAGACAUUUUCAUCAGUGUAAUUAACAAAAUCACUCAUCUGUCUCAGAGUGCAAAGACUGCAAAAUGGAGACAGGCCCUUCAUUCAUAACACACAGACUUGAUGAAUGGCGAUGGGUGUUAUAGAGGCUUGGUAGAAACUAAUGGCAACAGGCCCUUAAUUUACAAACACAGACUUGAUGAAUGGGGAUGGUGUUAUAGAGGCUUGCUAGAAACUAAUCAGGACAGACAAUUAAACAUUUGUUAGAUGAGUGUUGGGAGAAAGGAGGUGUACAAGUUAUUCAACCCUCCCAUCCCCUGACCACCAACUCCUAAUAAAUACAUAUAACAAAAUUUUUUAGACACUAUCGCAAAAUUAGAACAUAUCUGUUUGUUAUGACAUCAAGACUAACCAAAAUAUGGGACCUGCCCUCACUCAUACUCUGCUUGGUGAAAAGUAAAAAAAAAGAUUACAAUGUACCCUGAUUGUUGUACAGUUUGGGUUAGUAUACUCUUUUACAUCCCCCUUCCCCCCUUUCCUGAAGUCUUUGAUAUCUUUACAAUUUUUGUACUUCAGUUUGAUCAUCUGAAGGGCUAUGUUUUAUUGACAGUUUGUACCAACAGCAAUCAUAUCAAGGGAAGAUCUUUCAAACGUAGUAGAAUAAGAUAAUAUCCAAUGUUAUAAAGGGACAGGUCCCUUAAAAGCAUGUUAUUGCUAAGCCCUGGGAUUGGAGCUCCUCUUUUUGUAUUUUAUUGAAAAGACACAUAGUUCAUUUUAAAAAUUCCUUGCAUUUGUUUAUUUUGUCAUCUGUGUUUGAACUCCUGCCCUCCCUUCAAAAUAGAUUUGUACAAACUGCACAGUGGCCUUCUUUAUGAAAGUUCAAUGCUAGGUCCAUAUUCUAUCUUUUCUCAACUUAUAGGGAAAAUUUUUUUCAACUAUGACAGCAACCGUGAAAGGUUCCCAGUUACAUUUAGCCAAGCAGGCUUUCAACUAUUAGUAGAUUAGAAUUUAUUGCUUCUCUGUAAGCUUAUGAGAAAUCAUAAGAAUUACUAUUAACACAAACACUGUUAAAAUUUAUUGUACAUCAUAAGUAGCCAUUUAAGCAUAAAUAAUGCCACUGGUGUUAUACUCCAGGUAUCAAAGCCUUUUCUGUGGUGUUUUUAGGAACAUUUGAAUGAAUGCUAAACAAGAUUAUGACUAUCAAAUGAUAAGAUGAUCAAGCACUUCUUAAAAAAAAUGCCAUAGGGGAAUCUUUGCCACUCUUGAUUUAUUAGUGUACACUAUACAUGAAUCUCCUGGCUUUGAAGCAGAAUGUGGGUAGGAUUGGCAUGAUAAACUAUCCAAGCGUAUUUUCCAGACAUGACAACAAGGAAAAUUCUAUUGGUAUUUUCCAAAUUGUGCCUCAAAUGAAAUAAAAUUUGAAGUAAAGAUUGUUAUUAAGAUCAAAAUAGCCUGUGGUGUUAGUUGUAGUUUGUGAGAGUAAUGAGGUGAUGAUUUUGUAAAAUAAUGAUAAUUUGAUAGCACCAGUGUCUGAAUAAAUUUAUUGUCUACAUUCAGCAA